AUGCGGUGUCAAAAACAGCCACCAGUUUUCUGCAUAGCAUAUGCACAAGGUGAGGAUACUGAAAAGAGGUCAUCAAAUAUGGUUCAAGCACUUUUCAGGAUCCACCUCGAAAAAAACAUCAUUGAGCACCGGAUCUCAUCAGCACCAAAGAGCGAACCCGGUUGGGAAACGAAAUGCAGAGCUGAAAAAGAGCAAUACGUGCAAGAGUACUGGGAAAGACACCUGAGCAGUAUACUCUUCGCACUCCGAAAUAGGAGGAAUCUCACCACGGGAAUCACCCCUACCGAGUACGUCACUAGAUACACCCUAUGUAGGCCUGGUGAAUGGAAAUAUCCAAAUUUUCAGUUCUAG